AUGAAUGGUGGCCCACUAAAGCUCGAGGGCUCCGAAGAUGUAAUCGAGGUUGACAUACUAGAUGCCCAUUCCGCCCAUUCUUCGCCCAGUCCUACUCAUUUGAUAUUGAUUCAAGAUAAAAAUAACCACUAUCCAGCCAUAGAAAAGUUCAUAUCACACUUCAGCAACAGCAAUGUAUCACAAAUAACCAUGGAAGAACUCGAAUCGUCCUCGGGAUCGUAUAAUAGAAUGGAUAUUUGCAUCGAGGUUUAUGAAGGUUUUGAAAAGCACCUAGAAAAGCUUGUAAGUUUUAUGAUGAGCAAUGGCUCAUAUAUGGCUUCGUUUCCUAAUAUUGCAUACCACAUACAUUACGACCCUUAUUCGGACUGGUCUGAAGUCAAGGAGUCAAGCAAAAGCCUAAUAAUGAGUGCCCUAAAUACCCUUCGCUCGGUGGCUGGCAAUAACGUUGUCCAAGCUUCAAUUAUACACAAAUACAACAGCAGCACUGUUUUCAUUACAGAAAAGGAUCAACUAGAAGAAUUGGGUCUGCAAAUCCAAAAUGACUUUCUGCAAUUUCCAAAGCUUCAUACUCUUGACUAUCGAGAAAAUGGUCUUCGGUUUUUUCCGGGCGUGAAAUUUCCACUAUCAUUACAGACCCUCAAUAUCGGUGGUGGUGCUUCAUUGGAGACCUUAUCGGGGUUCAAAUUACCUCCCAGCCUAAAGACAUUGACCGUAGGAUCGGGCUCAAUGACAAACAUUGACAACAUUUCAUUUCCCUCAACCUUGGAGAAUUUGACUGUGAUAGAAAACAAAAUUUAUUUCCUCGAUUACGUUGAUUUUCCACCAUAUCUUAAGCACCUUGAUCUCUCCAGCAACAGGAUCGAAUCUUUACAGGACAUUAAUUUUCCACUUUACUUAAAGUCACUCAACUUGUCAUACAAUCCAAUUGAAAAUAUAAAGGGGGCCAAGUUUCCAGAAAAACUCGAGUACCUUGACAUAUCUCACAUACCCAACGAAUCCAUGGCUGGAAUACGAUUGCCAGAUCUGAUUCUUAGCCUUAACCUACAGCGUUCCAUGACCAACAUACGAGGCCUUAAAUUUCCGUAUAACGUUAAAAACCUAAACAUUGCUCACAAUGGAGUGAACAGUGUAAACCCACUCAAGCUUCCAAAUAGCAUUGAAAACCUCCACUUGGGCUAUAAUAACAUCAAAACUUUAAACAAGGUUCAGUUCCCUACCUCACUCAAAACUCUUUACGUUGGAAACAAUUUAAUCACUACAUUGAAAAACGUCCAGUUUCCCUACACAUUAGAAGUUUUAGACUUUGAUAAUGAUGCCUUCCGCGAGGAGCAAGACAAAUGUUUAACAUCGUUGAAAGAUGUUGUAUUUCCACCAAAUUUAAGAGUCUUAAAAUUGGGACAUCAUGCCAUAAAAAGUGUCGAGGGAAUCGAUAUGCCUGCAAACUUGACAUGGUUGAGCCUAGCACACAAUGGACUAAAAACCAUACGAAAUGUAACUUUUGGAAACAAGCUCAAAGUGUUGGAUUUAAGAGGAAAUCUCGAACUUUAUAAUAUUGAUCAAUUGCAAAUACCAGAAAGCGUGGUAGACCUUCGAAUUCCUGCGCAAUUGAUAUCGUACUUGCCUGCCUACAUUAUCGAUCGAGCCAAUAAGGGACAACUUACGUUGAGCAAAUAG